GCACUUUGAAAAAGGCCGCAUUGCCGUCAGAAGCACCACCAGAACACCCCCACCCCACACACUUUAGAACAAUGGUUGACGUUGCCGGCGGAAAGGGAGACGCUGCUAAGGGCGCCAAGAUCUUCAAGACUAAGUGCGCGCAGUGCCACACCACCAACGCUGGUGGCGCCCACAAGCAGGGCCCCAACCUUUCGGGUAUGAUCAACCGCCAGUCCGGCCAGGCCGACGGCUACUCGUACUCGGCUGCCAACAAGAACUCGGGCGUCGUCUGGACUGACGAGACCCUGUUCGAGUACCUCCUGGCCCCCAAGAAGUACAUCAAGGGCACCAAGAUGGUGUUCGCCGGCCUGAAGAAGCCGCAGGAGCGCCGCGACCUGAUCGCUUACCUGAUGGAGGCCACCAACGAGUAAGCUUGAUGGGAAGACAAGAGGUGCGCUUGGUCGGGAGCAGCAAUCGUCGCAGAUGCCAGAAUGUACAUGUGCCGAGGGUGAAGUCCCCAGCUUGCUGAUUCUGAAGAUAGCGUCUAGAGCAUCGCGCGGCGGCGAUCUGCUGUCGAUGCUUGUGGCACCCUAGAUUAUAUUUUAAACGCUGAAAAGAAGUUUUUCUUUACUUUUUUAUCCCGAGGCGAUGCCUGCCUGCGUGGAGCUGUUGUGGGUAGCAUUGUACCGAGAGGUCUAGAAGCUCCAGGAAACUGGAGA